AUGGCGAAACCCCUCUUAGUAACCCCCAAAACCUCACCCCGGCCCCCCUUUCUUCCUCCACACCCCUGCCCCACCCACGGUAGUCCCUGCAGCGGGGUCUCUGCUGGCGGUGUAGCUGCUGGCGGGGUAUCUGCUGGCGGGGUAUCUGCUGGCGGGGGUCACUGCUGGCGGGGUCUCUGCUGGCGGGGGUCUCUGCUGGCGGGGGCUCUGCUGGCGGGGUCUCUGCUGGCGGGGGUAUCUGCUGGCGGGGGUCUCUGCUGGCGGGGUCUCUGCUGGCGGGGGUCUCUGCUGGCGGGGGCUCUGCUGGCGGGGUCUCUGCUGGCGGGGGUCUCUGCUGGCGGGGGUCUCUGUUGGCGGGGUCUCUGCUGGCGGGGUCUCUGCUGGCGGGGUCUCUGCUGGCGGGGUCCUGCUGGCGGGGGUCUCUGCUGGUGGGGGUCUCUGCUGGCGGGGUCUCUGCUGGCGGGGUCUCUGCUGGCGGGGGUCUCUGCUGGCGGGGGCUCUGCUGGCGGGGGUCUCUGCUGGCGUGGCGGGGUCUCUGCUGGCGGGGUCUCUGCUGGUGGGGGUCUCUGCUGGCGGGGGUCUCUGCUGGCGGGGUCUCUGCUGGCAGUGUCGCUGGCGUUGUAG